AUGUCCCACCAGCCCAAUGUGAAGAGCCGGUCAGGCCCAUUUGAGAGUUCGUCCAGUAAAUGCUUCCAGCUCAGCCCUGCCUGCUCCCACAGUGCCAUUCUCGUCUCAUCCUCCAUUGCAAAUAGGAAAGCACAAGAUGUUUUCGACACUGAGGUCCGGCAACUGCUUCAUUUCCACGUAGCGCGGCACACAAUCAGCGCCCAAGCAGUCGGCGGCUUCUUGAACCUGAAUCUCACAAUUUUCAAAUUAUCAUAUUACUGUACAAGCAAUGCCAUAUUAUCAGUUGUUAUGCAAAAUUUACCUUGGAAAUUGCAUUUGCUGUUUCAACUGAUGCUACAGCACAACUGCUGA